UAUUUGAAUUGAGCAGUUGGGGCAUCGUUAAAGUUCCAAACAGAAUUUUCGCUGAUCUAAGUGAGAACAAACCAACAACAAUAACACAUCAAUUCAGUUCCAGUGCAGUUUGAAACGAAAAAGCAAGUUCAAAUUAAGAUAUUAUGUGCAAUAUGAGUGUCGUCGUUGUUGCGCUGUGACGCUGUGAGCAUUAUAUUACAUUGUGUCUUUUGGUUUUCAUGUGUAUCUCUUCAUCGGGUAUUUCUCUCUUGUCUUGAUAACCCGUUCUCCUCUCGCUUAGGAGGCAAACUGUUCUGUUCUGUCGUCGGUUAUCGAAUUCUUGUUUGAAAUUGUGAAAAUUGCUUGUCGCAGAAUUAUAGUGGCUGCUGCCACCGUUUUAAAUUCCUCGCCAAACUUGAUGAUAACACAUCGGCAACGACAAAGAUUCGAAAGUGUCCACCAAGGGAGUCAUUGUACAUAAAACUAUACACGUUCGCUCAUAUAGUGGCUGUUUUGUUGUCAUUGUUGUCUGACUGAGUGAGAUGAAAGUUCGAGCAAAUCCAAGUAAAAAAAAUUAGCAAAGAUUCCAAACCAGCAACAAAAGACAGAACGACGUACGAGCGAAACGAAAUUGAAACAAUUUUCAUCGUUUUCGUUAACAUCGCAAUUUAUAGGGAAAUAUAUGUCCAACAAUUGCUGGCUGGCUGGCGGUCGGUAUAUUUGUAAAUCAGUGCCCCGUUAAUACUUAAUAGAAGGGAAUUUUGAAGCAAGGAAACAUUCAUUUAUUGCUCUAGAUGAUAGUUUAUUUUCGUUUUCAUGUGUGUCUGUGUGUGAAUAGAUAGAUAAAAAUUGCACUCAAUUCCCGUAACGCGCCGUGACUGUACAGGGUUGACAAAAAAUAGUCAAACAGAAAAAAAAUUGUUUUUUUUUUUUUGCACCAACAUAAUUAUCCAAAUAAAAUAAAAGAUUGUCAUCAAACAGAAAGCACUGAGAAAAAAGAGCAGCACGUAUUUUAAUAUGUCAAAGCAAAGCCGUAUCAAUGGUGACUAAGCUCGACACAGUCCCUGUCCAAAAUAGAUAGAAAUCACAGUGUGUAUAGAUGCACCCAACAACUUGUGUGUACUUAAUCAUUGAAGUUUCGUGUUGUGUAAAAUUAAGUUUCAUUCCAGUGUGUGUUGUACAACAGUGCAAGCUUAUGUAUGUUGCAAAACAGGACACAUUUUAUUGUAUACAGAGACAUACACAUCUGGAUGAUGCUCGUCGCAUAUUUCGAUCCCACCGGAAUAUUUUCUAAUAAUUGUGCACAUAAAUCGAAAUAGUUUUCCUAAAGCGAUGGAGAGAGAGAACCGAAAAAAAAAAAAUAAUAAUAGUAAAAUUGGCCAAGUGAAUUCGGUUGGCUGAAGAUUUCAUUAUAUUUUCACCAUUACGUAUUAACAAUUCAUAUUCCCGACAAGCACGAGCCCGAAUACAUUUCGGUGCAAUUGAAUGCAGAGCGUUAAAGAAGGAUAAGAAUAGCCGAAGUGAGAAAUCAGUAGAUAGAACGAUAAAAGUGAGAAGGAAAGAGACAUACACUGCAGUUAUAUAUUUGCCGCAACAUAAAAAAGUAUUCAUACACUGUGUAUAAACUAAAUUGUGCGGUUUUUACAGUAGUCCAAUGUACAAACACACACCGAACAAUUUUUAUCGAAUCAGCACAAAAUGAUAAUGGAAAAUUGUGUGUUGCAUUGGCGAUCGUCUGUGUGAUUUUUAUCUUGAAUUGAUUUAUGGAAUUGAAAAAAAGGUACCCGGCAUUUUCGAGCACUAAAUUUGCAAAAUUCAAAAAAUAAAUACAGUGUGCGACACAAAUCGAAGUCUGAACAACACAUUUCAACCGCAAUUAAUUAGUCCAGAGCUCAAAAUCGAAAAAGAAUUUGAUACAAUAAAAUCACAACAACAAUACGGCACAAACUACGACACUGUCAACAAGACGACCGAUAAAUUUCGAAAUAUUGAUGAAUGAUAAAUACAGACAGGAGGAUUUUUUUUAUUCGAAAUAAUCAAAUAGAGAUAAAUUAUAUUUUGAAUGAGAUAUUCAAGCGAGAAUAAAAAAAAAAUAUAAUUUCCAACAAAAUCGAUACGUGACUGAAUUCAAAAAUUUAUUUUAACGAGACCGACGAGUACAAAUACGAGCAGCAGAACAGAUAACGAGACAUCAACUGUGUGUACGAUAAAAGUAGGCGAAUCAGAGGGCAAACCCACAUUUCAAACACAGAGAGAAGCAAAAAAAAUGGAUUUAUUGAAGAUGUUUUUAUUGAUGGCAAUUUUCAUGUUGCAAAAUUGCUGCAGCGAUUCAGCAUCAAAUCAAGCAUUCACAUUGGAACCGGAAGAUCAUUCAGUGUUAAUCGGCUCAUCGGUGAUAUUGCCAUGCCGUGUCGAACAUAAACAGGGUGUAUUGCAGUGGACAAAAGACGAUUUUGGGCUUGGUUGGCAACGCAAUUUGAGCUUAAGCGGCUUUGAACGAUACACCAUGAUUGGCAGCGAUGAAGAAGGCGACUAUACGCUAAAAAUUGACCCAGUUACUUUGGACGACGAUGCCAAAUAUCAAUGUCAAGUCAGUCCAGGACCUUUAGGACAACCAGGCAUUCGCUCACAAUUUGCAAAAUUAAAUGUUUUAGUGCCACCAGAGGCACCGCGUAUUUUGCAGGGUGAUUUCAUGUUAACCACCGAAAACAAAGACAUCGAAUUGGAUUGCAUUUCGAUUGGUGGAAAACCGGCAGCAACGUUGACAUGGUUCGAUGGAAAUGGCAACGAAAUAACUGAAGGCGUUAAAAAAUCCGAGGAAUUAUUAUCAGAUGACAAGAGAUUUACCGUGAAAUCAACGCUUCAAAUGCGAGCGCAAAGUGAGCAUCACAAUAUGACAUUCACGUGCCGUGCCAAGAGUGCUGCCGAUAAAACGGUGAAAACUGUUGAAAUCAAAAUUGAGGUUCAAUUUGCACCAAAAGUGAAACUUUUUAUUGACAGCAAGUUGGCACCCACCAAAACUUACUUUAAUUCGACAUCGGCCACACAAUUGAAAGAUUCAUCAAUUUUGGAUGGUUCUGAAGUACAUUUCAAGUGCGAAACCGAAGCAAACCCAAACGAUGUACAAAUCAAAUGGUUUAUAAAUGACACACUUGUUAUUGGCGAUUAUACAACUGAAAUGGCAAUUUAUGCGGUAAAUCGAAGUCAUCAUAAUGCUGUGGUCAAGUGUGAGGCAACCAACGAAAUUGGUACAACUCAUAAAGAAACUACUUUAGAUGUUCAUUAUCCACCAUCAUUCGUCGAAACGCCAAAAUCGGUUGAAGCCGACCGAGGCGAUAAAGUAACAUUAACGUGUUCCGCACAAGGAAAUCCAUUGGAAAUUGUUUGGGUGCACGAUCCUGUCGAUAGGAUAAAUUAUCAUCCCAAAGUGGUGGGAACGAAGAAAAAGUUAAAAUUAAUAGUAUCAAGUGAUACGGCCGGUCGAUAUUUCUGCAAAGCAAGUGUACCUGGUUUUCCGGAGAUAAAAUCAGCGGCCGAUGUAUUUUUGAAAUCACCACCAAAAAUCACCUCAAGCAAUCAACAAUUUGGCACAGUUGGCGAUACCACACAUUUAGAAUGUUCGGCUAUCUCUAUUCCACGGGCACGGCACAUUUCAUGGAGUUUCCAUGGUCGCGAAAUAAACGGAAGCAGUGAUCCAGAAUUUUCAAUUUUAGAAGAAACAAAUGAUCAAGGCAUCAAAUCAACGCUCGUCAUUCGCAACAGUCAAGCCUGGCAUUUUGAUAAAUAUAAUUGUUCGGUCGUGAAUGAUUAUGGAACGGACAUAUUGACGGUGGACUUGUUACAUUCGCAAACCGUUUGGCGUUACGUAACAUCAGCAGCAAAUUUACCGAUUUUUAUAACAAUUGCCAUAAUGACGGUGGUCAUUUUGAUAGUUAUCGUGUGUUUUGUAUUCAUCAAAACAAUGGGUCACAAGGCACGUCAAGUAAAAAACGAAAAACAAUUCAUUCCACACGACAAUUACAUGCUGAAUUUCUCUGACGAAAACUCCAGCACUGAUAAAUGUUGCAAGGAAAGUGAUCGAUCAUCGCCAAGCAGUGACUACAAAAUCAAACAAGGUUCGUCCGAAUCCAAUUAUUCGCUUCCGUCAACCGUUUCCGAUAACACAUUGCUGCAAAUCAUAACAAACAACGUGAAUAGCAUUCCGUUUGAUAAACCUGUUGCUUACAGAAAAUCAUUGAACUAUAGUGACGAUGAUGCUUAUUAUAAAUCAAAAGAAGCUCAAAAUUCAUACGGAUCCAUCACGGCAAUUAAAAAUCGAAACUCAUUGGAUUAUGAUGACGAUAGAUAUUACAUUGCAAAUAAUCUUCGCAAUUAUGCAAUGCAUCCGAAUCCUAGUCCAGUGCAAAAUCCAUACGUGCAAAAGCCAAUUGUUGUGUCAAACUUUCCAUCAAAUCGACUGUUGAGCCAAGUGAAACGUUCAUCACUCACAAACUCACCGACCGAUCCAAAACAAGAUGUUGGAAUACCACGAAGUAGCAUCGUCUAGCCUCAAUGCCAUCAGUAUCAUCAUCAAAUAACAUUGUAAUGAAUUUAAUCUUAAAGGUGCUUCAUCAACUCAAUCGAGAGAGAGAGAUAGAGAAGCACUUAAUAAAUAUCAAAGAUGCAACAAGUCCAAUAUAAGUCAAAACUCGUAGAAGCAUUCACAAUAUGGGUCUGGUUGCAACUCAACCAAAAUACUCGUCACAAUAAAUUAAUUCGUAUUUAUGUAUUGAUUGUAUAGAAUUAAAAGAAGAAAAAGAAAAACGUGAAUUAUGACAAAAUCGGGUUUGCAGCGAUGACGAUUAAUUUAGAUUUAGAGAUCUCUCAUUUUAUUAGACGGUAAACGAUUACAACGUUUAUAAAGCAAACUCAAUAAAUGUCAUAUUUGUGGUCAGAUUAAAAUGAUAUAAAUCAUUUCACUGUGACCACACGAAUAAUGACUUCGUGCUGCUAUCGCAUAAAGAAUAUCAUCUUAUUAUUAUUGAAAUCUUAUCAUUAUGCUAAAUAACAAUAGCUAUUUUAAUCUUUCAAUUCAUUUCAAAAUAUCUAUUUAACCCGAGCAAAUAUUAGCUAUUUUAGUCAUUUAAGGAUUAUAUUUUCGAAAAUAAGUAAGCGUUUCAUUUAGUGCAUUAUAAAGCGUUAAAUUCCAUUCGC